UGUUACCGUUGAAUCGCUACUAUGUUCGUAGUUUAAUUGAAAAUAAAUUGUUUUCUUCUUAUAAUGGAUUGUAAACUCAGCAACGACUUCCCCUUCGAGGUUGAAAUUCUGAAUACGAAAGAAAACCCAGAGAUAAAGGAUUAUUUGAAUGAUGACCAGGUUAGUUUUGCACGUGUUGGACCAAAAAAGUUCUUUUUUCCGAGUGAUUUUUUAUCAAUGGCUCCCAGCAUUUAUAACAUGGCACUGAGAUCUGAUGAUACUUUUGUAGUUACCUUCCCAAAAUCGGGAACCACUAUGACUCAGGAAUUAGUAUGGAUUGUAUGUAAUAAUUCAGAUUACGAGAAGGCUAAAUCAUCACCGCUCAAUGAAAGAUUUCCAUUUUUAGAAUUGUCAUCAAUGGUUCGUAAACUUUCAUAUACGGAAAACGAAAUAGAAGUAUUGAAAAAAGCUAUGAUGCCCGUGUCUAUUAAUGAGAUAGAAAAAAUGCCUUCGCCGAGAUUCAUCAAAAGCCAUCUACCACUUUCACUGCUACCGACAUCACUACUGGAUCAGACAAAGGUGGUAUAUGUUGCACGUGACCCCAGAGACGUCGCUGUUUCUUACUAUUAUCACGACAAGUUAAUGAAUUUAUCGAAACCUGAAAAUGAUUUUAAACAAUAUUGGAAGUAUUUCGUUUCAGAUAAUAUUUCAUUUGGACCAUAUUUCGAACACGUGCUAGAAGCUUGGGAGAAGCGAAAUCAUCCGAACAUGUUAUUCUUAUUUUAUGAAGAAGUAACAAAGGACUUACCGAGGGCUAUACAACGUGUUGCGAAUUUUUUCGGCAAAACACUCUCAGACGACCAAGUAAACAAACUUGCCGAUCAUCUGGAUUUCGAUAACUUCAAGAAGAACAAAUCUGUUAAUCUGGAAUACUUACAGGAGAAUGGUAUAUUCAGGAGUGAUGGAGCUUUUAUAAGAAAAGGUAAAAAUAUUAGUUUUGCCCGUGUUGGUUCCAAAAUGUACUUUUUUCCGAAAGAUUUUUUAUCAUUGGCACCCAGCAUUUACAACAUGGCGCUGAGAUCUGAUGAUACUUUUGUUGUUACCUUUCCAAAGUCUGGAACUACCAUGACUCAGGAAUUAGUAUGGAUUGUUUGCAAUAAUUCAGAUUACGAGAAGGCUAAAUCAACAGCGCUCAGUACAAGAUUUCCAUUUUUAGAAUUGUCAUCGAUGGUUCGUAAAGUUUCAUGUACGGGAAAUGGAAUAGAAAUAUUGAAAAAACUUAUAGUGCCGCUGACUAUUAAGCAAAUAGAGGAAAUGCCUUCGCCGAGAUUCAUCAAAAGCCAUCUACCACUAUCACUUCUCCCGCCAUCACUGCUAGAUAAGACAAAGGUGGUAUAUGUAGCACGUGAUCCUAGAGACGUCGCCGUUUCUUACUAUUAUCAUGACAAGUUGUUGAAUUUAACAGAACCUGAAAAUGAUUUUAAGCACUAUUGGAAAUAUUUCGUUUCAGACAAUAUUUCAUUUGGACCAUAUUUCGAACAUGUGCUAGAAGCUUGGAAGAAGCGAAAUCAUCCGAAUAUGUUAUUCUUAUUUUAUGAAGAAAUAACGAAGAACUUACCUAGAGCUAUACAACGGGUGGCGAAUUUUUUCGGAAAAACACUCUCAGACGACCAAGUAGACAAACUUGCCGAUCAUAUGGAUUUCGAUAACUUCAAGAAGAACAAAUCUGUUAAUCUGGAAUACUUAAAGGAGAUUGGUAUAUUCAGGAGCGAUGGAGCUUUUAUAAGAAAAGGUAAGUCAGGCGGGUGGCGAGACUAUUUCGACGAAGAGAUGUCCGCGCAGGCGGACGAGUGGAUCGCGAAAAAUUUGCAAGACACUGACUUUCGUUUUCCGGAUUGUUAA